AAAAAAAAAAAAAAAAAAAAAUGGAUGAACAGAUGAUGAGGGAUGCAGCCAAAAAGUGAAACCCCCAUACCCCCCAAGCAAUAUGACGAGUCCUUGUUUUGUUUUUUGAUGUUUGUUACUCAUGUGUCUUUUUUUUUCCAUCUUGUUGAAAAUAGAAUCCAGAUGCUGGCGACAAGUUCAAAGAGAUCUCUCAUGCUUAUGAGGUGCUUUCUGAUGCCGAGAAACGUCAAUUAUAUGAUAGUUAUGGUGAAGAAGGAUUGAAUGGAGGUCCCGGUAUGGGAGGUAUGGAUGCGGAAGAUCUCUUUUCUCAACUGUUUGGUGGAGGAUUUGGUGGAGGACGUAGAGGUCCUUCCGGUCCUCGUCGUGGAAAGGACAUGGUGCACGCUUUAAAGGUCAGUCUCGAAGAUCUCUACAAUGGUAAGACCAGUAAGCUCGCUCUUCAAAAGCACAUCCUUUGUCCCAAGUGUGAAGGCAGAGGUGGUAAAGAAGGCUCUGUCCGCAAAUGUAGAACAUGUGGUGGUCAAGGUAUCCGCAUCAUUACUCGUCAAAUGGGACCUAUGGUACAACAAAUGCAACAACCUUGUGGUGAUUGUCAAGCCACAGGUGAAGUCAUUGAUGAAAAGGAUCGCUGCAAGCACUGUCAUGGUAAGAAGGUGGUGGGAGAAAAGAAGAUUCUCGAAGUGCACAUUGAUAAGGGUAUGCGUGAUGGACAAAAGAUCACAUUCAGUGGUGAAGGCGAUCAAGCGCCCAACAUCAUUCCCGGCGACAUCAUCAUUGUCAUUGAUGAAAAGCCUCAUCCUCACUUUAAGCGUCAAGGUGAUGAUUUGAUCUACGAAGCCAAGAUUGACCUUUUGACCGCUCUCGCUGGCGGUAAGUUUGCUAUACCCCAUCUUGAUGAUCGUGUCCUUAUGGUCAACAUCUUACCUGGUGAAGCCAUCAAACCUGACCAACUCAAGGUGAUUCCCCACGAAGGUAUGCCCGCCUACCGUACACAAGUCAAGGGACAUCUCUUUGUCAAAUUCUCGGUUGAUUUCCCUGAACCCAACUGGACCUCACCUGAAAAGAUCGCUGCUCUUGAAGCCAUUCUACCUCCUCGUCCUGCCGUUCCAUCUUUUGGCAGCAAGCAUGUAGAAGACGUCGUGAUGGCCGAUGCGGAUGGUUAUCAAUCCAGCUCUCGAGCUCACGGCCAUGAUGGUUAUGAAGAUGAAGAAGAACACCACGCUGGACCAGGUGUACAAUGUGCUCAGCAAUAAACACUGUCCCCCCAAAAAAAAAAGAAAAAAAAAAAAAAUAAGAAAA